AUGGAGACGGAAGCGAGGGCGUUCGAGCAGCAUGUGGAGCUGGACGACGGCGUGCUGGCCACCUCGGCGCCGCUGGAGACGAGUCAGUUGGGACUUAUUAUUCUGCAAGUAAGCGAGGGACUCGUCGGUCAUCCCGAACUGAUCCAGAAGACGCGUGAUAUGCAAAAGCAGCUGGUGGAUCGAAAAGCCAUUGGUGCUGCAUCUGCCAUGAAGGAGAUGCUGGUAUUGCUCAAGGACAACAAGGAGGCGCUUGAGUACUUUAAGGGCAGUAUCGUACGAGUUUUAACGGGCCAAACGCUGCCAUCACAUCCCCCAGUAUUCCGUGGCACAGCCAUCGAGUCUGCAGCAAAAGAUGACAUGGCGGAGGUGGGGACGAUCCCUGCUGAGACAAAGGCGACACCUGCGACAGGGGCUGGUGAAGAAGAGUUGGGUGGGAAAAAGCUGGCGCCAACUCCUGGCAAGCAGACAGGAACUGCUCGCAAACACUCUCUUGGCAAGAGUACGGUGACCGAGUCGGAUGGAAAGUGCAAGCGCUUCAAGGCUGGUAACACCGGCGCAGAUACAGACGACGGUGCCGCUCUCCCACUUAGGUCAGCGUUGGCAGAGGAGACAAAAUAUGACUCCGAGGAGGCCAAGUUGCGUGCUACCAACCCAAUGCACACGAUCCCAACCCGAUGGGAGCAUUUGUAUUACAAGAAGGUGGAGGUGAUCAAUGUGAGCAACCGCCUGGCGAAAGAAAUGAUCCAGGCGAAGCGCUUCGCAGGCGAGCCGUUCUUGCUAGAGGGGCACACUGGCUGGCUAAAGCUUGCGCGUGGCUGGGUUAAGUCGGACGGCACGCUGGACACCACAGCUUUCCUGCAUGGCAUUCACGAUGUAAAAGUGCCGGUGCUAGAGCGCAACUACGAGGAGCGAAGUCCCAUCAAGACUCAUCUGCCGCUGAGUUACUAUGUCAAGAACUAUUGGGAGCACGGCAAGUCAGAUUACUACCUGCAUCAGUGGCAAUUUCCUUUGGACCCGAAAGCUAGUUCACUGCUUUGCUACAAGAGCGAAGAGCUGCCUGUGCUUGGGGACAACCUGCUGCAAUAUUGGUUGGACGCCGUGCGUGGUGACAACCCACUACAGUAUCUCUUCAUGGGUCAGAAAAGCACGAUGAGUCGUAUGCACUUGGAUCCGGGUGGUUUGGGUAUCACCAUCGCUCCAAUCGUCGGUACAAAACGUGUCACGAUGCUGCACCGCGAUGCAGCCAAGUUGGACUCUGUGCACGAAUCCGUGAACUUUCACGACAUUGAUUUAGACAAGUCUCCUCAACUGGCAUUCCUGCCAGCGUGGCGGGUCAGCGUGAAGCCAGGGCAGAUUUUGUACAUGCCUGAGAGCACGUUGCAUGCCUGUGAGAACGUCACGGCGUGCUUGUCGUAUCACCGUUUCCACGUCGACACGGCAAACCUCACUGGUUUUCUGCGGUCAUUCCUGGCGCAGGAUUCCCCGUCCAUUAAUCACGCUGAGAUACUUUGGAAUGCUGCGCACGAUGUGAUGUCUGCGAUCGAGAACGCUUAUCAAGCCAACAACGAGGUCCUCGACAAUACGGUCAUUACGCUGCGCAAGCUGGACACGCUGCGUGGCUUGCGUCAUGCUUGCCGUAUGCUAUCCUUGGAGCAAGUGCUGCCCACCGAAGACGCGUGGGACUGGAAAAAGCUUCUGGAAGACAUUGACCUCAUGUUAAUGCGCGUUGACCCGAGCGCUAAGUUGACUCCGAAGAAGAACUUGGCGCUCGAUUCUUCGGUCACUGGGCAAGCUAUGACUGAUCUGAAUGACGAGGACACGGUUGAAGCGAAGCGGGUCAUUGCGGCGGCAGCAAGCAAGAAAAAGCUGUCGCAGGGCAAGGUGGCAGCAACAGCUGCAACCGCUCACUGGAACUCGCUGAAUCUGAAGGUGGGAGACACCAUUGGCGUGCAGGUCUUUGAGAAGCGCAACCGGGCUGAAGUGUUGAAGGUCGUCCAUGACAAGGUGCUCGUACAGAUCCAUUACUCGGACUGGGAGUCCAUCUACGACGAGUACCUGCCAGUAUCGUCUCUCUUUCAGCGCAAGAAGGGAAAGAAGGUGGCUUUGAAGAAGACACCUGAAGUGGACGAGACAGUGAUGGCACGCUGGGGUAGUAACGGUGACCUGUACAACGCCAAGGUGCUGAAGGUCGUCCGCACGAACGCGUGCUACGUGCACUACCUCAAAUACGAGAAGGACUGGGACCAGUGGAUCCUGCCCGGCCACAUCUUCCGCAAGUAUCCUGGCCCUUGA